CUACGAUCUUCCCUCGCAACGCACGUGUUAUGUACAUUUCCCUUUAAAUGGUUUGUCUUGUUUCAGGACAACAGAAACUGGCAAAAUGGGGAAAUCUUCGCGACAUCAAGGUGAAAACAAAUAUAAAUUCAAGAAGUUUUCUGAUCGUGUUGCUGCAGUAAAGAUCGAUGUUGUACAUAAGAUACGACAACCAACAGAAGACAGUGAGGAUUAUGAAACAUAUUUUCAGGCUGCCCUCAUUAAAUGGACUUCCCUCAAUCAUACAAAUGACUACAAGACUUUUGUGGCAGACAUUGCUAGCCAGUCGAGAACAUUUGUUCAACUUGUUCAUCAUGAAGACCAGAUUGUGGCCACCUUGAUAAAGCAUCUCUCAGUUCCAGACAGUAUGGCAUAUGAAGCUCUUCUGGAUUUGGUGGUCCAACUUGCCAAAGAUCUUCAGCAUGAUUUCUACAAACACUUCCACAGUGUGUUCAACGUGAUGAUUGAUUUACUCAAAACACAUCCACGAAAUGUGCCUCUUCUUGAAAUGAUCUUCACUUGUCUUUCAUAUUUAUUCAAAUUCCUCUGGCGUUAUAUGGCAAAGGACAUCAAAACAGUUUUUGGCUACUAUUCGCCAAUACUUGAUGCCAACAACAGACCUUACAUCCGGAGAUUUGCUGCUGAAAGUUUUGGUUUUCUUAUCAGAAAGGUAAAAGACCCAGAUCGUGUGUUAGACUUAAUCUUUGAAAGUUUCAAUCAUCGCAGUCAGUACAUUCUUGGAAUUGGACGUUUGUUGUUUGAAGUAAUGAAAGGUGUGCGACAACACAUGCACUCUUGUGCAGAAACGAUCUUUCCACUGAUUCUACAAAGAAUCGGUCCACAUUCUACGAGCACUGACUCCUCUGAGUCUCCAAUAUUUCUCAAAGCUAAAACUUGUAUAUCUCACAUGAUGUCCGCAAUGUCAGAGCACGUUUCUGGCUCCAACCAUUUGGAUCCUCUCUGGCCAAUACUUUUGUCUCAUGUAAAGUUACGCCAGAAACUGUGGAUUGAAAACAGCGACCAGCAUCAGCCCAUAGCCUACUUACUGGAACUGUUGUUAGUGUGGCUGGACUUCAAACAUGGAUCCCUUGUAAAUAACCCGGACGCAGUUGCUGAGGUCCUUUGUAUCGUUCUGAAGAGCAGCCUCGACCUUCCAGAGGUUCUGCUCACCAAUACCCUCAACUGUGUCUCAAGCUUGCUUCAAGGUUGCCAUGAAAAGCUCUCUCCGUCCUCUCUUACCGAAGUCAUUAAUUUAAGUUUUGGUCACAAGUUUCCAUCAAAUCAAAUUUAUCCGUUUGCAAAGACAUUAUUUACAGAACCGUUUUUUGAAGAGUCUGUGCUAGCUUCUUUGAUUGGCUUUAUUCAAAGCAAAAUGGCUGACUCCGUCGACAGCACCAAUACGGAAACCCUUAUGUUUGUGACAGAGUUGAUAUCAUCCAAGACUAUUUCCAUUUUUGAUGCCAGUCACCUGGAACAACACCAGUGUUAUUUCAUGGAUUUCCACACUUCUGUCAAACGUUCUGCUGGUUCCAAGCAACAGUACACCUUCCAGGCGUAUUUAUGGGAUUUACUUUCUCCAGACGAUCUUGAAGAUAUCAAUCAACUAACUCUGCUGUGGGCUGCUUUGGUUUGCAUUCCAAACAUUCGGUGUUCUGAUACAGACUUAAGUGUUCUACAGCAUACAAUUGAUGGUCUUUGGUGCCAAGUGACUGAAUCUGAAGAGACUUCACCAAUCAAAGAGCUACAACUGUCCAUUCUUCACGAGGCGGCACUCUGUCUCCAUUUUAACGGACUAAAGGAAUUCUGGAAUUGGAUUACUUUUGAUAAAAUCAAAUCUUUACUAAAGUGCUGUUCCACCUCUAUGCGUGCCCUCCAGAUCACCGACCUUUAUUUUUUCUUGGCCCAGCAGUCUGAGGGCCAGAAAGACAUCACCAACGAAGCUACUUGUCUCACAGUCUUCCCCCUCCUGGAAGCAAACCUGUCACACUAUUCUCACACGAUUCGUUUGCUGACUCUGCAGAUUCUGUCACAGUUCCACUUGAAACUUCCUUUCCUUGAAGAUCCUAGUCUGAGCCAACCAGGAGUUUUCAGAAUUUGUUUGGAUGCUGAGAAAAUUCCUCCAACAGUUCAUGACUUCAGGGAAACUUUGAGACAUCUGCAGUACCUUGAUGCCAAACUUGUCGACCGUAAUAUUCCUGUAGUGAACCCUCGUUUUGAACAGGUUCCUCUUCGUUAUCUCAUUGGUAAUUUAUUUAUUAAUUUCAAACCAAUUUGGGAACCAGUUCACAGAUUGAUUGCUUCCCAUGCUCUCUCGAUGGCGAAAGAUUCUUUCUGGGAAGUCUAUGGAAGCCAUUUGGACAAAUGUGCUUCAGUUUGUGAGGGAAGUGUUCCGGCUCCGAGCGUUAUGACAACUUUUGAGAUUGAAGAGAACGAGGAGGAAUCUUCCAUCCAUUCGGAUUUACUUCAACUUUUAAUGGAGCAAGAUUCCAGACCGAAAUCGGACUUACUUAAACCGGACAUGGAAUUUUUCCGUGAACAUUUGUGGAAAAACAUGUUGCUUUUUCCGCAAGUUUGUGAAGGAAACUCAAAACUACUGUCCUCCGUCUUGUUUAGAUUUGUCAGAAAUGAAUAUUACCAAGUGGAUACGGAAAGUGCAGCAUUGCAGAAUAUCAUGUGCAAGGAAUGGCGCCAGCGUAAAGAGAGGAGCUGGGAUAAGGGUGAAAGUGAUGAAGAGGAAGAGGCGGUGGAGGAGGAAGCGGAAGAUGAGGAGGUGGAAGAAGAAGAAGUGAUGGCAAGUGAAGAUGUUGAAGAUGAUGAUGUUGAUGAUGAUGAUGAAGAGAGUGGUUAUGAGGAGGAGGAUGGUGGUGGUGGUGGUGGCAGUGAUGUUGAAGAAGAAGAGGAGGAGGAGGAGAACAGUGGUGAUGAUGAUGAGGUGAAGGUGGAGGAUAUGAAUACUGAAGAGGAGCCAAGGGAGACAAAUGAGGAUGGAGAAGUAAAGGAAGAGGAGGAAGAAGGGAAAAUGGAUGGUGAGGAGGAGGAAGAAGGGAAAAUGGAUGUUGAGGAGAAGGAAGAGGAGGAAAAAGAAAUGGAAACACCAAAGAAGAAGAAGAAGAAAAGGAAUAGGAAGAAGAAAGCAAAGCAGGAACAAGAUGAAGGCCACAACGAAACUGCUGCUCCUGCUCUUGUUGCUACUACAAAAGUACGUAAGCAGGAACCAGCAAUCCUCAAGCAACUGUUGAACCAUUUCGUCUUGUUCUCCAAAUUCAAACAUGGUGGUUCCUUGCAUCAAUCUCAUCAGUUGAAGGAACUCUACAAUAAGUUUCUUCAACAUCGAGAUCUGAAAGUUCAGAAGAUGGCGUUCGAGUGUCUCAUGACUUUCCCAAACAAAGACGUCAACCCUUACAGGGAGAAUCUGAUUCAUAUUCUGGAAAAUAAAGGAUUCCGUGCUGAAUUAGCUCGUUUCAAUUUGGACUCCAGUUGUUGCAUUCUAAAGAAGGAACAUCGCACUAGUGUCUUUCAAAUAUUGUCCAGGAUACUCUGUGGAGUUUUGAAAAACAAGAAAACACCUGAGUCAAAGAAAGGACAGGUGUUCACCUUCUUUUGUGGCUGCAGUCUCCAAGAAAGAAUUAAUUUUGUUGAAGUCGUCUUAAAGCCAUGGUUGGAUUUCUCGGCAAAUUAUUCAUCAUUUGAACAACUGAAGAAUUCCAUCGAUUUAACCAAAAUAUUUCCUCCAUCAAUGUUUCAAAGUUUCUCCAACCUGAUAUGGCUUAUCUUGAGAAAGUUGGGACAUUACCUGCAGUCUUACCUGCAGAAUAUACUGCAUGUCAUCUUAGGAAUGAUUGCCACUGUCAACGCAUGCCUCAAGAAUAAACGAAAAAUUUACCAAAAAGUUGUGAAAUGCUUAUUGAAAGCUUCCAGACCAUGUUACCUGCGAUUAUAUCAGUUCUUCAAAGUUUUUGAAACUUACUCCUUCACACCUCAAGACAUUGAUUCCAUCUUUGAUGUUGUUGUUUGGCCAAAGAUCGUGACCCUCCCUAAAGAUUGCCUUAAUGGACCCACGUUCUUGUUGAGACUCUUGAAUAUUUGGUCCAAAAAUCCUAGGCUGUUUCCUUGUUUCCUGAAGACGAAGAUGAUGGAUGGCAUUAGCGUCUGUCCAUUGUCUUUCGUAUUCCAGCUUCUCUGCACCAAACGUAUCAGCCGGACGGUCAGCUUACACAUCGUAGAAAUGGUUAUUAACUUUUACAACCCUGAGUUACCUGAGGAUGAUGAGUUGGAAUUUAAAUUGGUUGUCGUCAAUGGAUCAGGUGCACACAGCCAAGAUGUGAAAGAACUUGGCACUGAAGUCCUGAAACCACAUUCUGAAAGCAUUAUGACAUAUUUGAAGAAUUAUUUCACCGCUGUUCGCAAAAGAUUGGGCAUGAAGAAGGCCAACCCCAGAGAAUUAUCAAUACUUUCUCACAUCUCAGCUGAUGUCACUGACAGCCGACUUUGCUCUGACCUGGUGAGACUUCUCCUUCCAUUCUUGAUCAAGAAAAUACCUCGUACCACGGAAAUGGAAGUUGAUUUGCUGAAUUCCAUUCUGAACUUACUGACUCAUGUUGAGAAACCACCAAGUCUCUUAUUCAGACAGAUGACUCAUUUGUUGUUUACGAUAAACCAUGAAGAACCCAAGAAGUUAUUGUAUGAUGUGAUAUUGAAACUGUCCCAAAAAGACGACAACCUAAAAGACAUUGGUGAAGUACUGUGUGGUCUCAACUCUUGGAAUCCCAAGAAACUUGAAGAAAUCGAUUACGACAGACGUCUUUCUGCCUUCAGUGCUGCUUCCAGAUUAAUUACCAAAAUGGAAGUCUUGGACACAGAUUUCAUUGUUCCAAUUAUCUACAACUGCUGCCAUUUUAUUUCCACUGUUGAUGAUCUGUCAAUACGCAAUAGCAGUACGCAGUGUUUGCUAAACAUUAUCAACAAACUCACCGAUUCUUCGUCAGAGAAACAUAUCUUUAAUGAAAUCAUCAUCAAGACUCUCUUGCCAAAAGUGAAACAUGGCAUCAAAAAUCCCAUCCAGGGCGUUUGCCGAGAAUAUUUUACCAUCUUGCGAGCAAUUGCUGUAAAGUUCUCUUCCAAGAAACCAUUUGAUGAUCUCGUUAAGCUGACAGACAACGAUAAAGAUAUUGAUUUCUUUGAGAACAUGAAGAAUAUCAAGGUACAGAGACGGUCUCGAGCCCUGCGACGCCUGGCAGCAAAACUCGGCACUUACAACAUGUCGCAGGAGGCCCUCACUCGUUACCUCCUCCCACUGGCAUCGAGCAUUAUACAGAGGGAGCACAAACAGAUGGAAGGGAUCCAGGAGAGGGCUAUCGAGCUUUUGGGCUCCCUUUGUGGUCUGAUAUCAUGGAAAGUUUAUCUGCAACAGCUUCGGUUUUACGUGAAGAAAAUGGUAAUGCCAAGGAACAACAAAUGUCAGAACCAAAAGCUUUUGGUCAGGGUUGUGGUGACCAUUCUGGACCGUUUCCACUUUGAUUUGUCCAACAGUAGCUAUGAGAGUGACCAGGACAAAGGACCGUUCGGAAAAUACUUACAAGACAACCAAGGGAGUACAGAACAGACCGGACUAAAUGAUGAUGAUGACGAUGAUAAUAAUGAUGAUGCUGACAAUGAUGAUGACGAUGAUGAUGGCAAUGACGACGGUUCCCCCGUCGGUACUGUUGAAGAAUUGACCGAUGCCAAUUACAGCGAAGUUAAAGACAAGAAAGGAAAUGUUGUAAAAUUCUUGGUCUGUCCUGAAGAAAUGGCUAACGCUAUCCACAAGACGAUUCUCAGGAACAUCAUUCCGAUGUUGUACAAAGUCCUUGUGAAGAGAGUGAAAAGUGAAAGUGAACACAAGUUGGCCAAGAAAUCUCUUGCGGAUGAAUUCGAGAUUGUCCGAGUACCUGUUGCCCUGGCAAUCGUCAAACUGUUACAUGUCGUCCCCAGAGAUUCCCUCAAGUCUUUCUUACCAAAAGUGAUCCUGCGAAUAUGUGAGUUUUUAAGAUCUCGCUCUCUUGACAUACGCAAAUCAGCUCGUGACACCCUCACAAAGAUUGCCACAGUAAUUGGUCCUGGUUACUUACCUUGUAUUACGUAUGAGUUGCGUUCAGCCCUUUCCAGAGGUUACCAGCUUCACAUUCUUGGAUUCACAGUCCAUUCUGUUCUCAAUGCAAUGGUGGGACAGUUAAAAGCCGGAGAUUUGAACCCUUGUUGUAAGAGUUUAAUUGAAAUUUUUAAUGAAGACAUCUUUGGAAUGGUUGCUGAAGAGAAAACGGUCGAUGCCAUCACGUCCAACUUUAUAGAAGCUCAGACCUGUAAAAGCAUUUACUCAUACAGAUUCCUGGCCAGAUUCAUCACCAAAAGUCACAUUACUCAGUUGAUUGCUCCUCUCAAAGACAUCCUUGACACUAGUUCCAACCAAAAUACCAUUAAGAAAGUCGGCAAUAUUCUCCAGAAGAUUCUUGCUGGUCUUUUACUAAACCAUGACUUUGAAACCAAAGACCUCUUAGUCUUUGUUCACAGUUUGGUCCUUCAAACUCUGCCAUUACUAGCAAAAGACAAACAGGAGAAAAAUAAGAAAAAAGAUGAACCUGGUUUGAGACCAGAAAGUUGUUUAAUUAUACCGAAAGCGCCGAGACGUGAUGAGAAAAAGGCAAAACUCAUGAAGAAAACCAACUUCCAUGUUUUGGCUGAAUUUGGUCUUCAGCUCCUGUAUUUCACAUUUAAAAAGUCCCGAUUAAAAUCCACCGAGCAAGGACACUUAGAAUUAUUGGAUCCGUUCACUGGCAUUCUGAUUGAUUCCAUAGAAUCGAAGCAUCUUCCGAUGGUGAUCUUCUCACUGAAAUCUCUGAAUAUCAUGAUGAAAUAUCCGCUGCCUUCCAUUCAAAAGAACAUCACACUCCUCGCCAACCACUUGUUUUCUCUGCUGAACAGUUAUGGGUCUUCCGGUGCCGCUCGGGGGAAAAACGGUGAACUGAUUUCAGUCAUUUUUAAGUCAAUCACAAUCCUGGUGCGAGAGAUUCACAUCUACCAACUUCGGCAGGACCAGUUGAAGGUUUUAUUGAUAUACUGUGAGGAAGACAUCAUGGACUACACACGGCAGGCCUGUGCAUUCAACUUGAUCAAGGCAAUUCUUCACCGUAAAAUUGUGAACGACAAUAUCGUUGAAUUGAUAUCGCAUAUUGAGAAGUUGGCGUUCACAUCUGAGAUCCCCUAUGUUCAGAAACAAUCCCGUGAUGUUAUUCUUCGUUUCAUUUUUGACUACCCCCUUGGUAAAAAACUCUACGAGCAUCUGGAAUUGAUCUUUCAACAGCUAAACUACACCCAGGAGUCAGGGCGCCAGUCUGCCAUCACCCUCCUCACGGCUAUCAUUCAGAAAUAUCCCAUCGAGAAUCUCAACAGAGAUGCUAGUCUGUUUUUCUUUCCAUUAUGUACGUCUUUGGUGAAUGAUGACUCAGCGAAAUGUCGUAAAAGCAUUGCAGGAAUGCUCAAGACCCUUCUUCAGCGGCUGAGUGUAGAGACAUGUGAUAAGCUAUUCACCAAUUGUACCAACUGGUUUUCCAAUAAGAAGCUCCAGUUAAAGAUGGUGGCUGCCCAGGUGUCUGGACUUUUUGCAGAGACAGAAAAAAUGGACUUCAAGAAGAGGCUACCUGUGUUUUUACCUCUCCUCACAAAACAUACAAGUAAAGAUGGUUUUACCAAUACAAGUUUGACUUCUGUGGAACACGACCAAGAUCGCUUGUUAUACAACAGCUUAAACACCUUCUUGAAAAUAGUGAGGUGCUGUGAUGUCUUACAAGACAAGAAAUUCAUCAAAGAGACCAAUUCCAUCUGGGGUAAUGUGCUGGAGUUGAUGCUGUACCCCCAUAUGUGGGUCCAACUGGUAUCGGCCCAGCUCUUGGGUUUGCUCUUCAGUGUCUGGGCCCCACAAAAGUUGGCAUCUUCCAUCUUUAAUGGGGAACAACCGCCAAACACUCCCUAUCUGCUCAUUGAAGGACAGAAAAAGGUUCACACCCUUGUAUUAAACAGUAUUGGUCAGUUACAGACAACAUUGUUACAGAAACAACAAGCUGAACAGGCUGUGAAGAACUUGGUUUUCCUUACCAAAGUCAUCAAACACUUGAACAUCCUGCAGGGAAUAUUGAAGGUGAAGGUCAGUGAGGCUGAGGGUGAGUCAGAGGUGAAGGCAGAGGAGACAUUGAAAGAAGUAGGAAUAAAGACAGUGACAGAGGAGGAGGUGAAGGAGAGCAUGGAUGUUGAAGAAGGGAAGAUGACGAUGAUGAUGAUGAUGAUGAAGUUGAUGAGCUGCAGGAGGAGGAAGAGAAAGAAGAGACAGAGGAAGAGGAGGAUGAAGAGACAGAGGGAGAGGAGGAAGAAGAAGAAGAGGAGGAUGAGGAAGAGGAAGUAGAAAAAGGAGAGGCAAUAGCAGAUGAGGAUAUUGGUGAACCUGUCGGAGUGGAAGGAAAGGAGGAAGAAAUGGAUGUAGAAGAAGAGGAGGAUGAGGAUGAGGAG